CUAUUUGAUUGCAAUUUGUUAUUUCUUAGAAGAAAUAAUAAAAUAAGAAUUGUAGCUGUAACAUACCUUGUUUUAGAAUGAAAUGAAAUAAUAAAAGAAAUAGCUUACUGUUCAUCAUGUGGAAGAGGGCCCUCUGCUUUGGAAUUUUUCACCUUUAUUAAACAGUGCUGUACCCAUCAAAGACAGGUAUUGCUUUUCUUGGUAUGUCCCAGUUUGGCUACAUCACUAUUCACUAUCAAUCCCCCCUCUCUUUCUUCUUUUUUGAAAACCACUAUAUUAUGUAUUUUUGUACUGAUCAUAUUGAUUUAAUUUCUUGUUAUUAUUUAUUCUCUUUUCUUGUUUGAUCUCAGGAUUUAUUCUCUUAUUUUUGUUCUGUAGUGAUUGGUUUUAUCUAAAUUCUAUUGGAAUUAUUUCGUCUUGUUUUCAUUCUGUGACAUUUAGUUUUUCUUUUUUCCUUUUAACUGGUAUCUGUAUCUGAAGAGUGAAAUUAAUAUCACAUCAUGAUUUAUGAAUAUUGAUAGCCAUAAAUGGUUGAAGGCCACAAAAGUUCCUUUUGAAGAAUGAGUGGAUGACUUUGUCAUUUUGGCCCACCAGUUGUACAAUUAAAAAGUAGACAAAUUUCACUCGCUUUAUUGUAAAAAUAUAUGCUAUCCUUGGCUAGUUGGCUUUAUGUGAUUUAAUUGUCAACAAUUUCUCUCUAUCUUCUGAACUAGUCCUGCUCUCAUUUUUCCAGCUUGGUUUACAUUGAUUUGCAAAAAAUUUGUCAUACAAACUUCUUAAUUGUGAACAGCAAAUAUGGCUUAUGCUGCUCUUCUUUCCCUUGCCCAAACCACUGGAAAAAUAAUCUUAGAUCAAGAUAGAUAUCCCAUUUCUCGUGAUAAAAAACAGCAAAUUCGAUCUGUCUAUGCACCAUUUAUUUUCUUGCAAGAGUUUCUUGAAGAUUUUCCACAGAAAGCCAACAUUUUGGAUGGGCGUAUCAGAGAUUUAGCAUAUGAAGCAGAAAGUUUUAUUGAGUCUCUCAUGCUGGAGGAAGUUGCAUCACAUUGGUGGACAGCCUUAGCUUCCAAAUCCAAGUUUAAACACCAAAUGAGAAAGAUAAGAGAAGAAACAGAUUCAAUCAGAAGGGAGGUGAUAAUCAUGAAGAAUAAUAACGCAGAUGCAGUGCAACUUGGUGUUUCUUCUUCUUCUUCUUCUGCAGUAGGCUCACCAUCUAGACCUGCUACCGUUGGCAAGAUUGACUAUAUGGUUGGUUUACAUGAAGAUUUGGUCGCAAUACAGUCUCGACUUUGUGGAGGAUCACCGAAUUUGGAAGUUAUCCCAAUCGUUGGAAUGGGAGGUAUAGGAAAAACUACUCUUGCAAAGUGUGCUUACGACGACCCACUAACGGUGCAGCAGUUCGAUAUUCGUGCUUGGGUCACAGUAUCACAGGACUACAAUGCAGAUGUAAUUUUUUCAGGCCUCCUAGCUUCCAUGGAAGAAUUUAACAAAGAAAGAUCUGAGCGGAGCAGUGAAUUAGUUGGAGAGAAAGUGUUCAAAAUCUUGAAAGGCAGGAGGUAUCUCAUUGUAAUGGAUGAUGUUUGGAGUACAGAGGCUUGGGAUGAUGUAAGAAUUAUACUUCCCGAUGAUGGUAAUGGAAGCCGAGUCAUGUUAACGACAAGAGAAACUGACGUGGCUGCUUAUGCUGAUCGUUUGAGCGGUGUCCACAAGAUGCGUUUGAUGGAUGAGUCUCAAAGUUGGAAUCUACUUCAACAGAAGGUGUUUGCACAUCAAGAUUGUCCUCCGGAACUGGAGAAGACUGGAAAUGAGAUCGCAAGAAGCUGCAAAGGGCUGCCUCUUGCGAUCGUGGUGGUUGCAGGGCUCCUAUCUGCGGUUAGCAACAAUGUAGCUUCAUGGAGCGAAAUUGCACGAAAUGUAAAUUCAGUUACUAUAGGAGGACAAUUUGAAAAUAUAUUGUCUUUGAGUUACAGUCACUUGCCUCAUUAUCUGAGGCCAUGUUUCUUGUACAUGGGAAUGUUUCCAGAAGAUUGUGAGGUCCGUGUCUCAAAACUCAUCAAAUUAUGGGUAGCUGAGGGAUUCUUGAGACGUCUGAAAAGAUCCAAAACCUUAGAAGAAGAGGCGGAAGAGUUUUUGGAGGAUCUUGUCAAGAGAAAUCUUGUUUUGGUUACCAAGAGAAAGUGUGAUGGCAGGAUCAAAAGUUGCAGCCUCCAUGAUCUGAUGCGAGAUUUGUGCAUAAGAAAAGCGCAUGAAGAGAAGUUUCUUGUGAACUUCAGCAGCGGGCUUUCAGUAAAGGGCAGAAAAAAUCAGCGGCGUGUAAGUGUUACUCCUUCGGGUUUACCCUACUUCUCAGAACUUUAUGGCUUAUCCAUCCAUACGAUUUUGUGCUUCCAUGGAAUUUCUGUAGCAAACAUGUUGGAAAGAUUUAGAUUGCUGAGGGUAUUGGAUGCAGGAGAUGUUUAUGUAUUAUCAGUACCAGUUGAACUAUUUGACCUUUUUCAUCUGGUAUACCUUGCUAUCUACUAUCUUGGAACGAUUCCUGCAGCCAUUUCGAAGCUUCAUAAUCUUCAAACUUUACACCUUCGUGCAAAGAAUGAAUGGAGGCUUUUUAGAGACCAUUCGGUCCAUUUGCCACAGGAAAUUUGGAGGAUGCCACAGUUAAGACAUCUUGUCUUCUAUGGCAGGUUACCCGAUCCAGAAGGAAGAGCAACUUCUAGUCUAGAAAACCUCCAAACACUUUCGAUAGUGUCACAUGUCAUUUGUAGUGAAAGGAUUUUGAGAAUUAUCCGAAACCUAAAGAAGUUAGAAAUUGAUUGCUCUGAUUGUCGUCCAGGUGAAGUUUGUCUGAACAAUCUGGUACAUCUGCGUCAACUUGAAGAUUUGAAGUUACGUUCAUCUUUUGGUAAUGCAUUUUGCCAGAAGGAUCUCUUCACUUUUCCUAGGGCGCUGAAGAAGUUGACCUUAAGUCGUUUGCCUCUUCCUUGGGAGGAGAUGACAAUUAUUGGUUCAUUGCCAAAUCUUCGAGUGCUUAAACUGACUCAUCAGGCUUGCAAAGGCAACACAUGGGAAACAACUGAAGGAGAGUUCCCUCUUCUGGAAUUUCUGUUGAUAGAAAAGUCAGAUCUCGAGCAUUGGAUAACUGAAAGUAGCCACUUCCCAAUGCUCAAGCGCCUGGUACUCAAUGACUGUUGGCAGCUCGUUGAAAUACCCGUAGACAUUGGAGAAAUUCCGACACUUGAACUGAUUGAGGUGAAGGGCAAGGCGAAAAUGUCACUUGUGGAGUCGGCCAAGAGGAUUCUAGCAGAACAACAGGAAUGGGGAAAUGCUCUUCAAGUUCGUUGCAUGACUCAUCGAUGAUAUGCUCAAUCCAAACUUACGUGGAUCAGCCAGGGAAUUCUCUGAAUAGAUUGAAGGGAACUCUCCGAAUAGAAAAUGGAUUAUGAGAGUGGGUGACUUGAUUUAUUGAUUGGUCUGUGUAGAGAUAUGUCUGCCACAUUGGAAUUCACAAUCAAAUGUGUUGUUCCAUUUCUCUUAUGAGAAUAAGUUCAAUUCUUUGAAGAAUGAAGGCACAAAACUCUGACGAUAGGUGUCACUAUCCUUCGUCUUGGAUUAACUACACUUGCCAUCUGAAGUGGCCAAGAACCAUGAUCUUUUCACUCAUAGUUUUCUUGAAGGAUUCAUUUCCAAGUUGUAUGAGAGUUGCGCCUUCUUCAUUGGUUUUGGAUUACUUUUGUGAUGCAUAAUUCCUUUCCUAUGAUAGCGAUUCGAACCUUGUUCAGUUGCUUUUGGUCUUGCUUGUCUAUUGUAAAGAGCUGGGCAACUUGUCUCUCUAAGGCAGAGUUGUGUCAUGGUGCUUUGUGAAUUCUACUUGGAUAUUAUGUGUCC